ACAGGAAGUAACUAGAUUCUCUGACGUUCCACACCAUUAACAAUAACCGUUAAAAUGUGCAGUUUAAUUGUAAUUCACGAAGAAACACAAUAAGGCUGAACAACUUCAUUUUCUUCUUCUUCUCCUUCGCUGGGAAGUUUAAUGUUUUUAUGCUGUUAUUAAAUGGCCACCAGAUGGCGCGCGUGAUGUGCAGGGGGCGGGGUUUUCUCGCGAUGUGUCCCGGGCCUUGAGGACGGUCGCAGUUGUGCGCAUGCGCGCGAGCAGCGGUUUCUCUCUCCUGUGUUAUUGUUAUUAAUGAUGGCGGAAUAAAUACUCACACACGCAGCGGACUGUACAGACUGUACUCUCAGGUGACUGUGGUUGAUCCAGUGGAGUCGGAAGCUGAAGGGGUGGGUGGGUGGGUGUGGGUGUGUGUGUGUGUGUGUGUGUGGGGGGGGGGGGGGGGGGGUUAGAGUGACCACACACAGAGGCAGUAUGAGGGAGUGUGUGCCCCCUGCAGCACUGAUGUGUGUCUCACUAUAGCUGAGCAAUAGCGAGUGUGUUUGUGUAGUAUAGAUCUUCUCGGGGAGUGUGUGUGUGUGUGUGUGUGUGUGCGUGCGCGCAGCAUGUCGGUGUCGAGCAGUGACGCGUGUCUCAGCAUUGUGCACAGUCUGAUGUGCCACCGGCAGGGUGGUGAGAGCGAGAGCUUCAGUAAAAGAGCCAUCGAGAGUCUGGUGAAGAAACUGAAGGAGAAAAAAGAUGAACUCGAUUCUCUGAUCACCGCCGUCACAACCAACGGAGCUCAUCCCAGCAAAUGUGUUACUAUACAGCGCACACUCGACGGGAGACUACAGGUUGCUGGUCGUAAGGGCUUUCCUCAUGUGAUCUAUGCGCGGUUAUGGCGGUGGCCUGAUCUCCAUAAGAACGAGCUGAAACAUGUGAAAUACUGCCAGUACGCCUUUGACCUGAAGUGUGACAGUGUGUGUGUAAACCCCUACCACUAUGAGAGGGUGGCGUCACCCGGUAUCGAUUUGUCUGGACUGAAUCUGGGUGGAACAGGCCCCAGUGCAGGUCUCUUGGUUAAGGAGGAAUUUGACCCUCAGCCGUCUCACUCCAGCUCUGAUGGAUCACACAGUAUUCAGACCAUCCAGCAUCAGCCCGCCCCCUCUCACCCAGCCCCACCCACUUCCACACGCCUCCCACUCCCGGAGACGUUCAGCAGCCCCGCCCUUAUGCCGCCACCUGAGGCAGCAAGCUCCGCCCCCAGCCCUGCUUUCUCCAGCAUGGCUCCUACACCAGCCUGCGGUGCCUCGUGGCCGAGAGGGAGUGGCUUUCCAACAAACCUGGCCAAUCCAAGCGGAGCUUUGCAGCACCACCCACCUCAGUACUGGCCUGUACAUAAUGAGCUGAUCUUCCAGCCCCCGAUAUCUACACAUCCAGCUCCAGAUUACUGGUGUUCUAUUGCGUAUUUUGAGAUGGAUGUUCAGGUGGGAGAGACUUUUAAGGUGCCGUCUUCAUGUCCGGUGGUGACAGUGGAUGGUUAUGUGGAUCCAUCAGGAGGAGAUCGGUUCUGCUUGGGCCAACUCAGCAACGUUCACCGCACUGAGGCCAUCGAGAGAGCCAGGUUGCACAUUGGUAAAGGCGUACAGUUGGAGUGUAAGGGUGAGGGUGAUGUUUGGGUGCGAUGCCUUAGCGACCAUGCUGUGUUUGUCCAGAGUUAUUAUCUGGAUCGGGAAGCUGGACGUGCACCAGGUGACGCUGUCCACAAAAUUUACCCCAGUGCUUACAUCAAGGUGUUUGAUCUGAGGCAGUGCCACCGGCAGAUGCAGCAGCAGGCAGCCACGGCUCAGGCAGCAGCAGCAGCUCAGGCUGCAGCAGUCGCAGGAAACAUACCAGGACCAGGAUCAGUGGGAGGGAUAGCACCAGCUAUCAGUCUGUCUGCAGCUGCAGGUAUCGGAGUGGAUGAUCUGCGGCGGUUGUGUAUUUUGCGCAUGAGUUUUGUGAAAGGAUGGGGUCCUGAUUAUCCUCGUCAGAGCAUCAAAGAAACCCCAUGUUGGAUUGAGAUUCACCUUCACAGAGCACUGCAGCUGCUGGACGAGGUUCUGCACACCAUGCCUAUAGCUGAUCCUCAACCACUUGACUGACCUCUGACCCCGAGUGAUCCUGACCCCGAACACUGAACUCCUCAACUCACCCAAGACCCAAGUUAUCUGACUGACCUCUGAGUGACCCCUAACCCAGAAUUUCUGACCUUCAAGCCCCGGACUGACCUUUGACUUCGACCGGCUCUCCUCAGUGCUGGAUGAAACGAGGCUCACGUUUGUCUCUCGGCUCUGUGUACCUCGGUAUUUACCAUGAAAACACUGAUUCCUAAAUGGUGAGCACUGAAGCAGAGAGGCACGUCAGCACCAGGUGUGUAAAUAAACACGAAGGUCUUAAAGUGUGUGAUGACAUGCAGGUGUUAUUUUGGCUCAGUGAGGUGCGUAUGAGGAGCGGUGAUCAGCAUACCCUCGUUACUAUGUGAUUUCACUCUCACUACACCUAAUAACAGACUGACGCUAUUAACCUUUAGAUUAGCACUCGUACCCACUCUAAGCUCAUCUCACGCACAUCACUGUGAUGAAAACGACAGCACAGGAACCUCAUCAGAACCACUGAGGAAGAGGACGGUUCCCCUGGAACACUACCAGAACUUGGAGCAACUCUCCAAACACGCACUGCAGGAUCGCAGCUUCUCUGUAGAUGAAUUUUCUAAGGUAGAUGAUAAACAGAAGCUUUAGCUACAAGGUGUGUAUCACAGAAAAACUGUAUUGAGCCCGGACGAGGCUGCGGCAAUGUCACGUAUCCAACAUGCUAUAAACGUCACAGUAAACAUAAAUCACAAGAAUCUGCAUUUAGACGUUUUGGUGUAGCAUAAAACCAUGUUAGAGUCACGACUUUGUAAUAGAGUCACAAUAAACGCCAUCCAAUGUU